AUGCCGUAUUGCGCUUCAACCCGUGCCCUGGCAAGAAGGGCCGUCGCCUCCCCCACCCCGGUUACCGCUCGUCCAGCUGGCGCUGCUGCACCGGCACCUCCCAACGACCCAGCUCCCUUUGUGCUUUAUCCUGGAGAAAAUCCGGCCGACUUGAAAGGUGCUCCCUUUACUACACUUCCGCCUUCGGCCGUCGGCACCCCGCUUCCCUCACCACGUCCUCCCAGUCAAGUUGCUCCCCCAAGUGCCGUACCGACAACAUUCGCUAGCGUCGGCACCGCUCACAUCCCUCAGCCGACCGCUUCAGGAAGCGCCCUCCCUUCUCCUUCUCCCUCCCAGACGCCUGACUCAUCCCAGCCUCACAGUAGCUCAACUACAACGGUGGCCGUCGUUGUCUCCAUAAUCGUCGCGAUCGUCAUUGGGCUGAUUGGGUACGCAGUCUAUCGAUUUCACCUGCGAAAAAAGCUAAGGACAAAGGGCGAGUCAGUCAAGCUACGUCCGCUGGUUACUGCCCAGUCUAUAUCUCGACCCAUCUUGGCUACUCCCGAAAGACCUCUUCUACCGACUAGUCACUCAAGCUUCCGGCGCUCAAGAGAAAGCUUUGGCAAUCGGUCCAAGGGUCCUCCGCCCCCACUCUCCCCCCUGCAGGAGAAAGGACAUCGAGCCACGAGAACUCGGGAUCAGAAAGGUGACGCUCGAAAGACGCGUGAUUUCUAUACGUAUGAGACCACCGACAUAUUGGAUUCAUAUGGCUCUGAAACAAGCUAUCCGAGUACUUACGCCGCUGAAGUUGAUUUUGAGUACCCAGUCUUCAGACCUUCCCCUGCUCAAGUCCCCAGGAUUCAGAACGUACAGGAUGCAUAUCCGACUACACCGACUGAAGGCGACGAUAUAAGAGUCAAAUCCUCCCCUUCCUCGUCCAGCUAUAACCAAGCUUCUCGAAGGCUUCAAGCCGUACCAUUUAAAAUCCCUAAACCCAUGCCAUCUCAUUCAACCCAGCCGUUACGUAGAUUGUAA